AUGGAACAAUGGAACACAAAGGAUCUUGGACGACUCAUGACAGACCUAACGGAGGUCACCAUGAAAAUCUAUCGCAAGAGCACAGAUCGAGCAGCUCGCUCUCUAGUCACUUCUGAGGAUCAUACUGUCUCUUUUGAACUACGCAUGUCGGGUAGGGCUGCGAGAGAUGCCCGACUUAUCACGCUCAGGCCUACCGUGUGGAUUCUAUGUGGCAGUCGUUGGGCUUGCAAGGACGUCAGAGACGCCAUGAAGGACAUCACUUGGCUGAGGCUACCAUUGGAAAUCCAUGAGGGCUCUCCCGAAUUAGCGACUGUGGAGGAAAGGAUUGACGUGAAGACCUUGGACCUCAAUAAUGGCAUCCGGCUCGCUAAGGAAGUCACGCUUUACACCAACGUGGAAAUACCAUCACAUGGUACAAUAACAGCUAAUGGCCUUUUAUGCUGUUCUACUAUCAGAAUUGGAGAUGCCUACUUGCAUCACAUUAGUCGUAUCGGAGGUGUCAUUUCAAUCAAUGGAGCGGCCGCUCAAUACGGCGUCACAACAGCUCAUGGCAUGUUGAAUAACCAUUUUGUCGUUCAGCCGAGCAAGAGCACCUGGUUGGAUUCCUCACCUUCAAAAUUCGGUGCUGUUCAUAACACCUUCUCGGAAUAUGAAGUUGAGGAUGAAGAUGAGGGAGAAGAAUCGGAUGGUGGUAUCGACAUGGAGGACCAUGAUACGAUCUCCCCGGGAUUGGUUGGGUUUCGGGACCCCCUCCUUGUGUCUGAAUGGCGUGGUGUUAGCACUGGCAUAUCGCUGAACUUUCUCGCUACUGACUUCGAGAUCCCCAACACCUACCUUACAUCACCAACACGGGUUCAGGCCAUAACGGCUUACAAAACCGACGCUGAACUCAUUCGAGGUCCUGUAAUGAUUGCACUCGGAGCUAAGUCUUGUGUAGAGGGAGAACUUCUUCCCGGUUCCACAUGCCUUACUGUUCAUGGACAGAUGUUCUCACUGCGCAAAGUCAUAUUUGCCUCUCGGUUAGCCCCCGGGACUUCGGGUUCAUGGGUGGUCAGAGAAUCAUUUCUCUGUGGGAUGGUCAUGGCAGUAUCUGAAACAGAACCAUAUGCUCUCAUUAUGACUGCCGAGCACUUGUUUCGGAAUAUCAAGUCCCGGGAUAAGUCUAUUCGCAACAUCGAAUUAUAUGCAGGCCAUAUAACCACCGAUUUGAUUCCAUCCCAUCACGGAGGUUGGAGCAUCAGCUUCUUGACCAUCGUCAACUGGAUCGUCAGCAUCUGGGCCUUGGUAUUUUUCAUGCUUGAACUAGUGGCGACAUCGGCGUCAACAAUUUUAGGAGCGGCGCUCCUAUCAUCUAAGACUUCUCCAUAUUCUGUUCUGCACAUGAUGCUAACGGUCCUAAUUCUGGCGCUUCUGGUGAACGGACUAAUAUGGCUCAACAGCCAUAUCCUGGGCAGCGAAGUCAAUGGACGCAUAACUGUCAAGUCCAACCCUGAAACCAGACAGAGAAUAUGUCUGAAAUUGGAAAUAGGACUUCUCACAGUUCAAGUUGGUCUGGUCAAUAGACCACUUCGGGACAUACAACUCAACUUUGAAUGGGAGCGGAGAGCACGUGAAAUUGGGGCUGGUUAAGAAAUUCUGGGUGCUUGGAUUAUUGGAUGCCUUGCGUGGCGUGUAUGUGCGACGGGGGAGCUGAAGCUAUAGUGGGAGACUAUGUAGCAGGUAUUAAUGCUACAAACACAAGUGAAGUCCCUCAAGAAUUACGAGCUGCCGCCCGCUCUGAAACGCCAUCGUCGUCGGGUACCACAGGACCCCGUCGUAAGUUGUGUUCAGAUAUGCCCAAACUCACAAAUUCGUUCAGCGCGGGUCAAUUUCAUGUGUCAAGGUUGAGUAAUUCUUGGGUGAUGGCAUUAGUUAACAAGCUACUCUCCCCAGCUUAUCAGUUCCAGGAUCAGGAUGAACCAUGCCACUUCCCCCGCGUUUAUUUCGCCGUGGACAUUAGAAGAGGCCAGAUUCCGGGGCGUCUGCAGAUAUGAGAAGAUCCGCAUCCUCCGUCGCGUCGUCGAGAGAAAAACUCUUCGACCGACGCGGC